AUGAGAAUAUGGGAAUCUGAAGUGGAAGAUGUUAAAGUUUUAUCAAAAUCUGAUCCCUUGCUCGGUGAUCCACCGGUGUAUACCAUAACGCCAAUCCCACAACGUCCACCGCCGCCGAUGAAAGUUACGGUGUUCAAGGAGGAGCCAACGGAAAACGAUUCAAAAGGUUCGACGCCGGUGUCAAAACAAAUGUUGGUGGCGCAACCACGGAGGGCUUCUAAAGACCGCCACACGAAGGUGGAGGGCCGUGGCAGGAGAAUCCGCAUGCCAGCGGUGUGCGCUGCUAGAAUCUUCCAGUUAACUCGGGAACUCGGUCACAAGUCAGACGGCGAGACGAUUCGGUGGUUGUUGGAGCACUCGGAGGCGGCUAUCAUUGAAGCCACCGGAACGGGGACUGUUCCCGCAAUUGCUGUUAAUGUAAACGGGACGUUGAAAAUUCCGACGACAUCAAGUAACGGCAAGGAUGGGGAAGAUGGUAGGAAAAGACGGAAAAGAUGCAGCGAGUUUUAUGACGUGAAUGAUUCAUCGUCAUCCAAUUUCGCCCCUGUGGCUCCGGUUGCCCCACAAGGACUUGUCCCCUUAUGGACCAACGCCGGUAUGCACGGCGGAGCUUUCUUCAUGAUCCCACAAAGCCUUCCCGGCGGAGGCGGAGCAUCCUCUGCCCAGGUGUGGGCCAUACCCACCGGUUUUAACAUCGGAGCAAGACCCAUUCCCAGUUAUCUGUCAGCAAUCCAAGCAGGCGGUGGUGGAGGUGGCGGUGGAGUUGAAACGCCGUCAGGAUCCGUAUCAAACAAUAGUGAGAGUGAAGCUAAAUCUGGGAAAGUUCUGACGAAAUUGGCUCCGAGUUCAAGUUCAGUUACUACAAGUCAGAUGAUUAGGAAUUUGUCUUUGAAGAUUUACGAGAAAAGAGAGCUUCAAUUGAUGGUUGGUUCGUCAAAUCCAUCUUCUUGA